AUGAUUCAACCUGAUGGGUUCGCUAUGUUCAGUCGUUACUUGAAUGCAACCAAACGACCAAUGGUAUUUGGCUGCAGUUACCCUGCCUACUCACACUGGUACGACGGUGAAAAACUUAACUGGACUCAGCUGAUCGAUAAUUGCAAUCUUUGGAGAAUGUUUGAAGAUGUUCAAGAUUCGUUUAGUUCUGUUCUAUCAAUAAUGCGACAGUACGAGGCUCAUAGGAGGACUCUGAUCCCAGCUGCUGGUCCCGGUCAUUGGAAUGACCUUGAUAUGCUAUUGGGUGGGAACUUCGGACUCUCAUGGGAUGAGACACGUGUGCAAAUGGGAAUCUGGGCUAUGCAUGCAGUCCCUUUGAUCAUUUCUGUCGACCUUGAAGACAUUAAACAAGAAAUGAAGGAGAUUCUCCAAGCACCUUUAGUAAUACGCGUCAAUCAAGACAAACUCGGGAAACCAGCUGAUUUGAUAAUUCCAGAACCAGGCAUUAAGGUGUGGGUUCGUCAACUAUCGGAUUUCAACGGCGGUUGGGCGUUGGCCUACCUGAAUCUUAACGAUGGCGCAGGCUACCCUGUUCAAGUUGUUAACAGUUUGAAGGAACUUGGAGUUAAAGCCGAUGGCAAUAAAGGCACUUCUUUCAAGUUGAUCGACGCUUUUACGGGAAAUGAGAAGCUUACAACUGACUUGUCCACACCGUUUGAAGUUCGUGUUAAUCCCAGUGGAAUUGUGAUGCUAAUUGCACAGCCCCUGGGUCAUAACUUAAACCACGUGAUCGAAUUCUAA